AGUACAUCAAGAACUGGCGGCCGCGCUACUUCCUUCUGAAGACAGACGGCUCCUUUAUCGGCUACAAGGACAAACCGCAGGACUCUGACCUGGCCUACCCGCUCAACAACUUCUCCGUAGCAAAAUGUCAGCUCAUGAAGACGGAGCGGCCCAAGCCCAACACCUUCAUCAUCCGCUGUCUGCAGUGGACCACCGUCAUCGAGAGGACCUUCCACGUCGACACUCCCGACGAGAGGGACGAGUGGGCCGAGGCCAUCCAGAUGGUCGCCGAGUCUCUGGCCAAACAGGAAGAGGAGGGCAUCCUGAGCAGCCCCACCUCCCAGAUCGAGAACGUCAACGAGGAGGAGAUGGACACCUCCAUCAGCCACUACAAACGAAAGACAAUGAAUGACUUUGACUAUCUGAAGCUUCUGGGCAAAGGCACCUUUGGGAAAGUCAUUCUGGUGAGGGAGAAGGCGAGCGGCACCUACUACGCCAUGAAGAUCCUCAAGAAGGAAGUCAUCAUAGCCAAGGAUGAAGUUGCUCACACGCUAACAGAAAGUAGGGUAUUAAAGAACACUCGGCAUCCAUUCCUAACUUCUCUGAAAUACUCGUUCCAGACUAAGGAUCGGCUCUGCUUUGUAAUGGAGUACGUCAACGGAGGAGAGCUGUUUUUCCAUUUGUCAAGAGAACGAGUAUUUUCGGAGGACCGGACCCGUUUCUACGGCGCUGAGAUCGUCUCGGCUCUAGACUACCUGCAUUCUGCUAAGAUCGUCUAUCGAGAUCUGAAGCUGGAGAACCUCAUGUUGGACAAAGACGGACACAUCAAGAUCACAGACUUUGGCCUCUGCAAAGAGGGCAUCACCGACACUGCCACCAUGAAGACCUUCUGUGGAACCCCAGAGUACCUCGCGCCUGAGGUCCUGGAGGACAACGACUACGGGCGGGCGGUGGACUGGUGGGGUUUGGGAGUGGUGACGUAUGAAAUGAUGUGCGGCCGCUUGCCGUUCUACAACCAGGACCACGAGAAGCUGUUCGAGCUCAUCCUCAUGGAGGAGAUCAAGUUCCCACGGACGCUGUCGGCCGACGCCAAGUCGCUGCUGUCGGGGCUGCUCAUCAAGGACCCCAACAAACGACUACAGGGCGGUCCGAACGCCGCCGCAGCAUGGCGUAUGCGCUGUAGCGUGCACUAUUUCACUAUGACACAACCACUGACUCUGCUGCCUUUCUACUUCCUGUCUGACCUGCAGCUGGUCCCGCCCUUCCAGCCCCAGGUCAGCUCCGAGACGGACACGCGCUACUUCGACGAGGAGUUCACAGCACAGACCAUCACCAUCACUCCGCCGGAAAAAUAUGACGAGGACGGGAUGGACGCGGCGGACAACGAGCGGAGGCCUCAUUUCCCACAGUUCUCCUACUCGGCCAGCGGGCGGGAGUGAGCGCCCCCCCUCGCCCCCCCGCCCGCCAGCGUCCUCCCCACUCGUGGCCAUUUUGAGGAAAACACGUAGCCAUUUUAGGAAGAAGAAAAGAAAUACCAGUCUCCCCUCUUUUUCUCCUUCUCUGCCUCCUCACAGACGGGGAGAAGUCUUUUUAGGGACUUUAAAAGAGGUUUUUGCACAGUGGGACAGACUCCAGCCGGUCUCCCCACACUAAAAAAA